AUGGUGAAAAACAAGAAAAAGCAAACUAAAAGAACUAUGGAGUGUAAAGAAAACUCUAUCCCCACCGGAAUAGUCUUUCUGUGGGGACUACUUGUGCUUCUGCUCCUGGCAUUGCAGCUCACAUCUGCAUCAGUCGCAUUGCCGGGAUGCCUGGAACGAUGCGGCGACGUCGAGAUCCCCUAUCCGUUCGGCAUCGGCCGGAACUGCUCGAUGGAGGGUUUCACACUCAACUGCACCUUCAGCAAAGGCACCCACAAGCCCUUCCUGAACCACAUCGAAUUCUUGAGCAUUUCCUUAUCAUUGGGCCUCGCCCGUGUUGCUGGCUAUGUGUCGAGCCAAUGCUACAAUGCCACGGCCAGCAAUGUGACAUACAACGACUGGGAGAUGAACCUUUGGGCGUCACCAUACCGGUUCUCUAGCACCCUCAACAAGUUUACGACCAUCGGCUGUAUGACGCUGGCCUACCUCAUAGAGAGCAACACGCCAAAUAGCAUGGCGAAUAGUAGCUAUUGGUCCGCGUGUGUAUCAAUGUGCAGGAGGAGGGACGACUUGAAAAAUGGCUCGUGCACGGGCAUCGGAUGCUGCCAGACUGCCAUCCCGAAGGGAAUGGUGCACUACCGAGUGUGGUUUGCGGAAAACUUCACCAGCACCAACACAUACAAUUUGAGCCGGUGCAACUACGCCGCGCUGGUGGAGGAACGCGCCUUCAAUUUCAGCACCUCCUACAUCACUACCGAUGAGCUGUACGGAGGAACGCUGCCGUUGGUGAUCAAUUGGGCCGUAAGAAACAAGACGUGCUGGGAAGCCCGGCGGAACAUGACUUCCUACGCAUGCGUAAGCGAGAACAGCACGUGCCUAGACUCCGCAGACGGGCCCGGCUAUCUCUGUAAUUGCUCCGAGGGUUAUCAAGGCAACCCUUAUCUACCCCACGGGUGCCGAGAUAUUGAUGAGUGUGCAAACAAGGAUGGGUCUCCAUGCUCUGGGGAUUGUCACAAUACACAAGGUGGAUACUGGUGCUCAUGCCCACGUGGUACACAUGGCGACCCUUAUAAGGGAACUUGCUACCCGAAACUUCCACCGGCAGCGAAGCUAGUUAUAGGCAUUUGCAUCAGCCUCCUUAUUAUUCUAAUUAUCAUGUUAUGUAUUCAUGUUAUAUUGGAAAGACGAAAGCUUAUAAAAGUUAAGGAGGAGAACUUCCAACAACAUGGAGGCUGGCUACUAUUGGAAGAAAUCAGAAAUAGACAAGGCCUUGCAUUUAAGAUGUUUACAGAAAAAGAGCUCGAACAGGCGACGAAUAAGUUUCACAAGAACAACAUCAUAGGGCAUGGAAGCUAUGGCACAGUAUAUAAGGGAAUUCUCAAAGACAAUCAUGUCGUAGCAAUAAAGAGAGCUAAAAUUAUUAAUGAGAGACAGAAGAAAGAAUUCGGAAAAGAGAUGCUUAUUCUUUCCCAGGUCAACCAUAGAAACAUAGUUAAGCUCCUCGGAUGUUGUUUAGAGGUGGAAGUUCCAAUGCUGGUGUAUGAAUAUAUUUCCAAUGGGAACCUAUUCCAGUUGAUUCAUGGCAACGGUCGUAGAAUCUAUAAAUCUUUGGAGACUCGUUUGAAAAUAGCUCUCGAGUCUGCGGAAGCACUUGCAUACUUGCAUUCGUCAGCGUCCCCUCCGAUAAUUCAUGGAGAUGUUAAGUCCGCAAACAUCCUUUUGGAUGAUCAUUUAAUGGCAAAGGUCUCUGAUUUCGGAGCUUCUAUGCUCGCUCCUAGGGAUGAAACACAGUUUGUCACAUUGGUGCAAGGGACUUGCGGUUAUUUAGACCCAGAAUACCUACAAACAUGCUUGUUGAUUGAUAAAAGCGAUGUUUAUAGUUUUGGAGUGGUUCUUUUGGAGCUCCUCACCGGUAAGAAAGCACUUCGUUUUGAAGGAACUGAAAGAGAGAUGAGCCUUUCAUCAUCCUUCUUAUCUGCUAUGAAGGAGGGUCGCUUCAGCGAACUUCUUGAUGAUCAGAUUAAGUAUAAUGAAGAUGUGGAAAGGAUUAAUGAAAUUGCUGUACUAGCAAAAGCUUGCUUAAAUGUCAAGGGGGAAGACAGACCCUCAAUGAAAGAAGUAGCAGAGGAGCUUGACAGACUCAAAAAAAUGAAGCAACAUACCUGGGAACAACAUAACCAUGCAGAGAUAGAAAGUUUGCUUGACAAUCUCUCAAGCUACCGUGAGGAAGAAAACACCGGUUUUUAUAGUUUAGAGAAGAAAGCUAUGCUAAGCAUAGAACCUGGACGUUGAUGCUAUAUAUAUA